AGUGUUGUGGUGUGUCACGGUUUACGAAAAAAAAUAUCUAUUUGUUACAAAAACCCCCUGAAAAUGUGGUUUAGAAUAAAUUUUGAGAACAAUAAAUAAUUUCUUGUUCUUCCAGUUUAUAGAGAUCUCAUCAAAAUGUUUCGCCGCUUAUUUAUUUUAGCAGCAUUAAUUAAUGUAUCACUUAGCUUUUCCGAUGUUGGAAGAUGGGAUUUACCGCUAAACGGGGGAAAUUGCGGCUUCCAAUUAGCCAAAUCUCUUUUUAAAAAUUCUAAGUUGAUUAUAGUUUUACACUGUGGCAAGGAAGCUGCGAAUGUAACGGUGUCAUAUCACUGGUCUCCAUUCCCGUGCUCACCGGACUAUUUCCACUACUUCGAACAGCAAAUAGUAGAAUGUCCACGACGAGUUGAAAGGUCCGUCCCCGACACUAGAAAUUCAAGUAAUUUAGUUCAAGCUGGGACCGGACCAACGACGUACAACUGCCACAAUGGGACAUCUUACAUUUUGCAAGAUGAAAAGUAUAAACUCCCUGAAAAUGCUGAUAAGCAGAUAGGGGGAAGAGACGCGAAAAUACGUCCCCUAUUGAUGGUGGAUAAGGAAGGGGUAUACAAGCUGGAGAUGUCUAUAUCCAGUUCGCCAAACUUCAAGGGCUCGAUGCAAGUCGAGAUGUUGGCCCCUUCAGGAUACCUCUCCGCCGCUAUGUGGCCCCUUUUAGUGUUCUUCGGCGUAAUGUGUGGCGUUUACACUGUGCUAUGCGCCGGUUGGCUGCUGGUCUGUGGCCUGCAAUGGCGGGACCUGCUGCGCAUACAGUACUGGAUCGGCGGCGUGGCACUACUGGGCAUGGUGGAAAGCGCUACUUACUAUGGCGUCUACUCCGCUAUCAACAAUAGCGGCUACUUCAGCCUGGAGGCGUACCUGUUCGCCGAGUGGGUGUCGGUGGCCAAGCGCGCGCUCGCCAGGAUGCUCGUCAUCAUAGUGUCGCUGGGAUUCGGGAUCGUCAAGCCUCGCCUAGGGCCCGCUCUCCAACGCGUGGUAGGUGCGGGUCUCCUGUGGUUCGCUUUGGCAGCGCUCAACGCCUGGCUGCGGCUCCACCACCGAGCCGGCGACCGCAACCGGGCGCUGCUACUGUCCGAGGCGCCGCUGUCGCUGCUGGACAGCGCCGUGUGCUGGUGGGUCUUCGUGUCCCUCGCGCACACCAUGCGCACGCUGCAGCUGAGGAGAAACACAAUAAAGCUGUCACUGUACAGACACUUCACGAACACACUAAUAUUUGCGGUCAUUUCAUCUGUGGUGUUCAUGCUGUACUCCAUCAAAUCCUACAGAGUAUUAGAUUGUAUUAGAGAGUGGAAGGAGGUGUGGAUGGACGAAGCGUACUGGCACAUCUUAUUCGCGAGUGUGUUGACUGUCAUCAUGGUGCUGUGGCGGCCGACCAACAACAACCAGCGCUACGCCUUCACACCGCUGCUUGACAAUGCCGAAGACGACGAAGAUGAGGAAGAGCAAUUCGUCAACGACGCGUAUGGCGUGAAGAUGCGAGGGCCCGGUAUCAACAACAGCGACAACACGGAGGAGCGGAAAGAUUCCUCCCACCCUGACCCCAGCAGCAAUUCCUUAGACUCCGACCUCCGCUGGGUCGAAGAAAACAUCCCAACCAGCACACUCCCACUUCUGGACUCGGACGAAGAGAUAAUAAACACCAAGUUCGAAGUCUCCAAAAUGCAGUAGUUACUUAAUCGAAUAAUGUAAAAAGUAUUUAUGUAAAUGUCAACUUGUGAUUUCAUUUUUACCUAUCGUAGGUUUAAGUUUUUUGAGUAAAUGUUCUAUAUCGUACAAA